GUUUGACUGCUGGCGCCUGCGCAGUGCUCCCCUUGGGCUGCUGUCUCCGGCGCGGUGUGAUUCUCGGGUUCUCUCCCCUGUGCGUGGUUGCCCGGGGCAACGGGGCCCAGUUUCCCCUCUUCCUCCUCGCCUCCCCCGAGUAGAGUCCCGCUCCCCGGCGCCAUGUCUUGGGACCCCGUGAACACGCUCUGCGAGCAGCUGGUGAAGGCCGUGACGGUGAUGAUGGACCCGGCCUCCACGCAGCGGUACCGCCUGGAGGCCCUCAAGUUCUGUGAAGAGUUUAAAGAAAAAAGCCCAGUGUGUGUUCCAUGUGGAUUAAAGCUGGCAGAGAAAACCCAGACUGCUAUUGUCAGGCAUUUUGGUCUUCAGAUCUUGGAGCAUGUAGUAAAGUUCCGCUGGAACACCAUGGCUCGGCUUGAGAAAGUGUAUCUGAAGAACAACGUGAUGGGGCUCAUAUUUAAUGGUACACAGAAUAUUUUAGAAGAAGAAAGUCACAUUAAGGAUGUUCUUUCUCGCAUUGUGGUGGAAAUGAUCAAGCGUGAAUGGCCCCAACAUUGGCCUGACAUGUUAAAGGAGCUAGACACACUUUCUAAACAAGGGGAGACCCAGACAGAAUUGGUGAUGUUCAUACUUCUACGCUUGGCAGAAGAUGUAGUAACAUUCCAGACUCUGCCAGCUCAGCGACGGCGGGAUAUCCAGCAAACUCUCACCCAGAACAUGGACAAGAUCUUUAGUUUCCUGCUCAACACCCUUCAGCAGAAUGUUAACAAAUACAGGCGUUUGAAAAUGGAAGCAUCUCAAGAAUUGAAAGCACAAGCAAAUUGUCGAGUGGGGAUAGCAGCACUCAACACUCUGGCUGGCUACAUUGAUUGGGUGGCCAUGAGCCACAUCACAGCAGAUAACUGCAAGCUCCUAGAGAUGCUGUGUCUGCUUUUGAACGAGCCAGAACUCCAGAUUGGAGCAGCCGAAUGUCUCUUGAUCGUAGUCAGCAGGAAAGGGAAAUUGGAGGAUCGCAAGCCUUUGAUGGUGUUAUUUGGGGAUGUUGCAAUGCACUACGUUCUCUCUAGUGCCCAGUCAGCUGAUGGGGGAGGUCUAGUAGAAAAGCACUAUGUUUUCUUGAAGAGACUCUGCCAGGUCUUGUGUUCUUUAGGUAGCCAGCUAUGUGCACUGGUGGGCUCUGAUUCAGAAGUGAAAACACCUGUCAACUUAGAAAAAUACCUUGAGUCAUUUCUAGCAUUCACAACCCAUCCUAGUCAGUUCUUACGCUCUUCUACCCAAAUUACGUGGGGAGCACUUUUUCGACAUGAAAUCCUGUCACGUGAUCCUCGGCUGUUGGCUAUUAUCCCAAAUUAUCUGCGGGCAUCUAUGACGAAUUUAGUGAAGGUGGGGUUUCCUUCCAAGACAGACAGCCCUAGUUGCGAAUAUUCUCGGUUUGAUUUUGACAGUGAUGAAGACUUCAAUUGCUUCUUCAACUCUUUCCGUGCGCAACAGGGAGAGGUAAUCAGAAUGGCAUGUCGACUGGACCCUAAGACUGGUUUCCAAAUGGCCGCGGAGUGGUUGAAAUAUCAGUUCUCAAUUCCGAUUGAGACUGGACCUAUGAACUCUAAAACCAAUGAAAGCCACUGCUCCAUCUUUUCUCCUUCCUUCGUUCAGUGGGAUGCUAUGACCUUUUUCUUGGAGAGCAUUAUUAGCCCAAUGUUCCGGACCCUGGAAAAGGAAGAGAUCCCAGUGGCAGAUGGCAUAGAACUGCUGCAGCUUGUCCUUCACUAUGAAACAAAGGAUCCUCUCAUUCUGUCCUGUGUUCUUUCUAACGUCUCGGCACUUUUUCAGUUUGUCACAUACAGACCCGAAUUCCUUCCAGAAGUGCUUUCCAAACUUUUUGCCUCUGUUACUUUUGAAGUUGUAGAAGAAAGUAAGGCCCCUAGAACCCGUGCAGUGAAGAAUGUGAGACGACAUGCCUGCUCCUCCAUCAUCAAAAUGUGUCGGGAUUAUCCUCAACUUGUGCUGCCAAACUUUGACAUGCUGUACAACCACGUGAAGCAGCUGCUAUCUAAUGAACUUCUCCUGACUCAAAUGGAGAAAUGUGCUCUCAUGGAAGCCCUGGUCCUUAUUAGCAACCAGUUCAAGGAUUAUGAGCGGCAGAAGGUCUUCUUGGAAGAACUCAUGUCUCCUGUUGUUAAUCUGUGGCUUUCAGAAGAAAUGAAAAGAGUCUUGGCGAAUACUGAAGAUUUCAUCCACUAUGUUGGUGCUGAUAACAUGAUUGCAGAUCCAACCACAGACGACUCCUGUGGCCUGAAUCGUUCUAGAAUAAAUUUAUGUGUGUAUACCAUUCUGGGAGUUGUAAAACGAGCUCGCUGGCCUGCUUCCUUGGAAGAGGCCAAAUCUGGAGGAUUUGUGGCUGGUUACAUGUCUAAUGGAAAUCCAAUCUACCGUAACCCUUGCUCUGUGCAGAUCCUGAAACUUUUUGACAACUUGCUUGCUCUUAUAAGGACCCACAACAACCUGUAUAACCCGGAGGUGGUGGCUAAAUUGGGGGAGAACUUUGCAAAAGCCUUAGACAUGCUAGACGUGGAAAAGAAUACCAUUUUAGGCCUUCCUCAGCCUCUGCUAGAACUUUAUGACUCUCCUGUUUACAAAACGGUGCUGGAAAGAAUGCAGGGGUUUUUCUGCAUGCUCUAUGAAAACUGUUUCCAUAUUCUGGGAAGUGCUGGUUCAUCAAUGCAACAAGAUUUUUACAGUGUUGACGGUCUAGCAACGGAACUACUCAACUCUGCCUUUAUCAAUCUUGACAAUAUCCCUGACUACAGACUCCGUCCUCUGCUUCGUGUAUUUGUGAAACCCUUGGUCAUCUCCUGUUCAUCUGAACAUUAUGAGUCUCUCAUCUGCCCUAUCCUUGGACCACUCUUCACCUACUUGCAAAUGAGGCUGUCCCAAAAAUGGCAGGUUAUCAACCAGAGGAGUUUGCUGUGCGAUGAGGACACAGCAGAUGACAACCCAGAGUCCCAAGAAAUGCUGGAGGAGCAGUUAGUUAGGCUGCUCACUCGAGAAGUCAUGGAUCUAAUUGCUGUCUGCUGCGUCUCGAAGAAAGGUGCAGAACAGACUAGUAGUACUGUUGCUGCAGAAGGAGAUGAUGAAGAAAUGAUGUCCACAGAAGUCGCUCCACCAUCCAGCUCUGAAUUGACUGAAUUGGGCAAGUGUUUGAUGAAGCAAGAGAAUGUUUGCACUGCUCUGCUUAUUACAACCUUCACAUCCCUUUCCUGGAAGGAUACCCUGUCCUGCCAAAGAACAACCACACAUCUCUGCUGGCCACUCCUGAAACAGGUAUUCACAGGAAACACAAUGAUCCCUGAUGCAGUAAUCUGGUUUUUUAAAAGUGUGUUAAAAGGCUUGGAAGUGCAUGGACAACACGAUGGUUGUAUGGCAGCUCUUGUCCACUUGGCUUUCCAGAUCUAUGAGGCCUUGCGUCCACGCUAUGUUGAGCUAAGGACAGUGUUGGAACAAGUUCCAGAAAUCCAGAAAGAGUCCCUGGAGCAGUUUGAUUCCAAGCUCCUCAACUUAACAUUGCAGAAAGUGGCCGAUAAGCGCCGAAAGGACCAUUUCAAACGCCUGAUCGCAGGCUGCAUAGAGAAGCCGCUAGGAGAACAAUUUAGGAAGGAAGUUCACAUCAGAAACCUGCCAUCACUUUUCCAGAAGCUCCACUCACAACCCAAUUCUACAGUUGGUUUUCCAUUGGAUGCAGCCAGCCAUUCAGUCUCAUCACCAGACUAAUUAUCUUAAAAAUAAGGCUUCCAAUGUGCAGUUGCUUCUUCCUCCCUCAGUGAAGGGAGCAUGCUGUUCCAUCCCCUUUGCCUGUCACUACUUUACACUGUGGUAGUCUCAGUAUGACACUAUGAGAGGACCCCUCCCUUUUCCCCUUUUGGAAGGUGCAGCAUCACCGGACUGAACAUUGCAACUCCCUAUUCUCCACUGACUUUGUCAUAUAUUCCAUCAAACCAAGGUGAAACACUUUGGUUCAACUAUACCUCAGGAAGUCUAAAGUGAAAUAAUGUGCCCUCCUUUCUCCCUAUGAAUAUUAUCAAAACUGGCCUCAGGUGCCUCUUGCCUGAAUGUUCUAGAUGGCAACAGCCCAGGACUAGUCUGUGCUAGUAAUUAGUGUGCUAGUUAAUUACUGUGAAGUAAUUAAGCUGAAAUGCUACAUUUGAAAGGGGAGCUGUGACCGUAGGGUCUGGUGAAGGAGGAAACAUCUGUAAAGCAGGCUUGACAGUAGUUUGUUUGUAUAUGUAGCUUAGGAUUUUUAAGCCUGUUAGAUUUGGAAAGAUAGAAUAUGAAGAAAUCAGUUUUUCAGUACUAAUUAGAACAUCACUACAAUCCUUAUACUAGCCUAACUAAAGUCACUGAAGAGAGGUGUAAUUUAAAUGAUUUUAAAGUCUGAUGCUAUGAACAGGAAAGUUUGGAGAAUGUAGGCCUUAACAUGUUCAGGACCUUGGUAGUAGCUUACCUCCACUCAGACUUUUAUGCUGUUUCCCUCUAACUCUUCAUCUCAGUGUAACAUAUAUUAAAACACACCUCCCACAGCAAUAGGGUUGGAGUCUAGUCUAACAGUAUUUAUUGUGUCUUGGUUAUAUUUUUCUGUGCCCAUGAUAGAAGCAUUUGAGGUAAUUUGAGGGUAUUUGUAGGGACAUUGUACCUGAAGAUGUCUGCCAAUCAAUUGUGACACACACCUCUGAAUGUCAGUAAAAAUCUUACUGGUUUAUA